CUAAUAAAUCAAUCAGCCCAAUAACAAUAUGGGCCGUAUUGCUAGUCAGCCCAACUUUUGGCCCAAACUUGCCUUUUGAAAAAAUCCAGCUGUGGUAGUAGUAGCAGCCAGCCAGCCACUGCUUCCCGAGUAUCAUGGCUGACCGAGACCGAGACCGUGACCGUGACCGUGACCGUAAUCGAGACCGGGAAAGGGAACGAAGGCGAGACAAGGAUGACCGUGACCGUGACCGUGAACGUGACCGAGAACGGGAUCGAGUUCGGAGCAAGAGAUCCCGUUCGCGGUCACCUGACCGUGCUGCCCGCUCCCGCCACACUCGCUCUCGCACUCGCUCCCCUGAUCGGUACCGCUCUCCGUCCCGUUCCCGCUCUCCAGCGGACCGCUCUCACCGGCGGCGUCGCCACCACCGGACCCCUUCCCCGGACCCUCCAAGAAAGCGGCACCGGAGAGAAUCCCCCGAGGACGCGAAGAAGGCGGUUUCUGACUUCGUGGACGGGAUCGUGAAAGAGCAGCAGCAGAAGCAGAAGGAGAAUGGUGCUGGAGUUGAAGGAGAAGCAGCUGAGACCAACGAGGACGAGAUGGAAAUGAUGAAGAUGCUUGGGAUUCCCACAGGAUUCGAUUCCACCAAGGGCAAGCCUGUGCCCGGUGCUGACGUCAGCGGCGUCAGAGCCGUCACCAAGCGCCAGCCGAGGCAGUACAUGAACCGCCGUGGUGGCUUCAAUCGCCCAUUGCCUGCUGAGAGGAAUCGAUAGAUUGCCCCUAGGGUUUCUUUGAGAUGGUUUAUGGUUUUGGUGAAGGUUCACUAAUCCGCGCUGUGACGGUGUUCAUUUAUUUGUGCUAGCUCGAUGUGCAAUUUAAUUGCUGUUGGGUAUGUUUUAGUUGUAGUACCUAAUUGUGAAGUAGUAGCACUCAACCAAUUUCUUGUGGAUUUAACCGCAUGCAAUGCAGGUGCUUUGAUUGUGAAGUCGAGUGAUUCUGGAUUGGACAUCAUGGCCAUGGAAAUUCAUAUGCUUUCUGACCUAAACUAUUAUUAUCCCAAAGUGCGGUAGUUUUAGGCCGAAAACAAACAAGUUUACGCCUGUGAGAAAGAAGAGGAAAUAGGGAUAAAGAAAUACAUGCUAUAUGACAAUAUGUGCCUCCUUUAUUUCCAAA